AUGUAUUUCCAAUUGCAACGUCUUUUUGCCGUCGACGAAGCUGCUCGCCCUGAGCUGCUUUCACAACUUUACGUCAGCGUCAUGGCUCGUAUCACCGUGGCUCAAAAGACUUUUACCACACUCGUAUGGCUGAGUAGUGUCGCCUCGACACAGGCCGCGCCCCAAGUCACGCUUCCCGGAUACGGGAGCUUUGUCGGUACGACUGUCUCCCAGACGCUGACCAAGAAGCCACUGCCAAAGCCUGUGGAUGCCUGGCUUGGGAUCGAUUAUGUCUCGCAGCCCGUCGGGGAGGCACGGUUUGCGCCUGUUGGCCCUCCUGAGCCGUUUGAGGGUGUGAAGAAUGCGACUCAAUAUGGAUUUUCGUGCCAUCAGGAUCCGCGGGAUAUCACGUACGAGGUUAACGAGGCAUGUCUGAACAUGAAUGUGUUUCGUCCACAGAACGUAUCGGCGCACGAGAAACUACCCGUACUCGUCUGGAUUCAUGGGGUAAACUCCUUCGGCUUCCUCCCCUCCCCUGUCUUCGAACGCCUAGGCCUAUUGAACCUAGGCCUCCGCGACCAACAAUCCCUCCUGGAAUUCGUACAAAAAUACAUUUCGCAAUUCGGCGGCGACACAUCUCGCGUCACGCUGGGCGGCCGCUCCGCAGGCGCCCACUCGACCGCCAUCCACCUCUUCCACAACUACAACUCCACCUCGGGACCCUCCCCACUCUUCUCCCAGGCCAUCCUGCAAUCCGGCAGCGUAACGGCGCGGUCAUUUCCAAAUGCCUCGUACCCGCUCUACCAACAACAGUUUAGCCGCUACCUCUCGCUCGCGGGCUGCGCCUCGACGGCCAAUAGCUCCGACACGACCAUCCUCGCCUGCCUGCGCGCCGCCCCCGUUUCCGCCCUCGAAAACGCAAGUGCCCAGAUCUGGCGCGCCUCGGAAUACAGCAUCACGUGGCCCUUCCAACCCACCCGCGGUGGGUUCCUCCUCGAGAAGUCGGGUUCGCAAGCCGGCCGUGACAGCCUCUUCUACCGCAUCCCCACCAUCACCACAAACGUGCUCGACGAAGCAAAAUUCUACUCCCCAGGCAACAUUUCGUCAAACACGCAAUUCCUCGCGUACCUGCACACCCUCAUCCCCGGCCUCACCCCCUCCGACCUCGACGAUCUCGACCGUCUGUACCCGGAUCCGGCGCUCGAUCCACUCAAUGGACCCUAUGCCUUCAGCCCAAACUCCACACAGUACAAUCGCUUGUCGGCGGCGCUGACGGAUUACAUGUACGUUUGCCCGGGCCAGGAAACUGCAGUCCGCAUGGCGCGCAAGGGUGCACACGUGUUCAAAGGCGUCUGGGCCGUUAAUAAUACGUUUCCUGCCUGGAAGGGUGUGCCGCAUACGGCUGAUACAAAGUAUACCUGGGCGGAACCCGCAGGCGCGGGUGGGGUGCAGUAUCCAGAGGUGGGGAAAGAGUUGUUGCACACUUAUUUCUCGGAUUUUGUGGCGUUGGGCGGGAGUCCGAGUGCUGGAAGGAGGGAGGGUGUUCCGGUUUGGCCGAGGUAUGAGGAAGGAGGGGAUGGGGUGCCUGGGUUGCAGUUGCGGAUUGAGGCGUUUGGGAAUAGUCGGGUUGAGGGGGAUGGGGUGAGGAGGGUGCAGUGUGAGUGGUGGAGGGAUGAGGGGAGGGCGGCGAGGUUGGAGAAGUGA